CACUGCGUGUCCACACCCUCUUCCGGUCCGGGCUCCCGCGACUGCUGCUUCUUGCUUUCGGUGGAUGCUGCGCCUCUCGGAGCGCAAUAUGAAGGUGCUCUUUGCCGUGGCCCUCAUCGUGGGCUCCGUCGUCUUCCUUUUGCUGCCGGGACCCUCCGUGGCCAACGAUAAGAAGAAGGGACCCAAAGUCACAGUCAAGGUGUUCUUUGAUCUUCAAAUUGGAGAUGAACCUGUAGGCCGAGUGACCUUUGGACUCUUUGGAAAGACUGUUCCAAAAACAGUGGAUAAUUUUGUAGCCUUAGCUACAGGAGAGAAAGGAUUUGGCUACAAAAACAGCAAGUUUCAUCGAGUCAUCAAGGACUUCAUGAUCCAGGGUGGAGACUUCACCAGAGGAGAUGGCACAGGAGGAAAGAGUAUCUAUGGUGAGCGCUUCCCAGAUGAGAACUUCAAGCUGAAGCACUAUGGGCCUGGAUGGGUGAGCAUGGCCAACGCAGGCAAAGACACCAAUGGCUCCCAGUUCUUCAUAACUACAGUCAAGACAUCCUGGCUAGAUGGCAAACAUGUGGUUUUUGGCAAAGUUCUAGAGGGCAUGGAUGUAGUGAGGAAGGUGGAGGGCACCAAGACAGACAGUCGGGACAAGCCCCUGAAGGAUGUGAUCAUUGCAGACUGUGGCAAGAUUGAAGUGGAGAAGCCCUUUGCCAUUGCCAAGGAGUAGAAUCUCAGGGACCUCAUCCCUCCAAGUGGCUGUAUGUGCAGGUCCUGUUACUACUCUCACAGGGGUGAAAGUAGCCAGGCACAAGGGUCCGUGCCACUCAGCCCCAGAGCUUCCGCCUGAGGGGGUGGACCCACACCCCCUCACAUUCCACAGGCCUGGUUUUUAUAUCAAACUCCUAUGAAUGCUGAUCAAUAAAAAAAAAGUGAGUUUUCUUUUUUAUAACUUA